UCAAUCAGAAAACCACGCGGGCGUGUAGGAGGCGUCAUCGUGUAUAAUUUACCAUAUCUUAUAUAAAUAUAUAAAUCGUUCCAUUUAUGUCUUAAGAAAUAGCGUGCUUGGUGGUAACAAAUGAAAAGAUGGCAAUAAUGUUUAAGCACUGGAACUACUUCUUUUUGAUUAAUAUUUUUUGGAUAAGCAGUGUUUUAUCACAGAAAGCAAAUGAUACCAUCAAUACGACAGAUCCGGUGGAUUUCACAGUUGUAGACGAUUGUACAUUAAAGCAAACGAAGAAAUCCACUGAUGGUCUCCCAGUAGAUGUAAAUUUAAACUUAGACGUUCUAGGACGUACAGUGUCUCUUAAACUUAAAAGAAAUCCAAAGGCAACAAAUGCCAAAAAUAUUUAUGUGAUAAGAAAAUCAGAAUCAGGAAUACCUGUUGUACUACCGUAUGGACUUGGCGAAAAUGAGGUGUUCGGAGAAUACCAGGACCCUAACAAUUGCGCCAUAUUCACAUUGUCAUGUCCAAAAGACAGCAAAAACAGCACAACGGGAGCUUGUGAUACGACAAUGGAAGGGACAUUUUGUGCCGGAAAUCAGGAAUACAGAAUGUCCCCUAUGGCGGAUAAUGCCCUUGGAAGAGUGAAACGGCAUGCCGGUCAUUCAAGUCAGCUAUGGAAUAAAGCUAAAACCAUUGCAACAGCUGCUAAAGCCGCCAGUAAAGUUUAUGGAAUAUACAAAACAGAACAAUUGCCAGGAACACCCACAGAUUACAAAGUUGAAGACCCCAUAGAACUUGGGCGUGUUGCAGCCUUUGGAAAAACGGCUAAAGUGGUUAGAGAAAGUGUACUCCCAGGAACAAAGAAAUAUAACCUAGAAAUUCUCGCGGUCAUUGAUUAUGGUGUAUACAGAAGAUUUUACAAAGCCAGCAAACAAGGGACGGAAGCGGCUAAAGACAAUGAAGCAAAAUUUAAUCUUAAGAAGUAUUUCUCACACGUGUUUAAUGGUGUGGACAUGCUCUACCAGACCAUUGACGAUCCUGAAUUCAGUCUCAGUGUCGCUGUCUCGGGCUUUAUUAUUGCUGAUAAACCGGAUGUAUCACCAUGGACCACACCUCAUAUUGACCGUAAUCCAGAGGGACGUCAUGACUUGUUAGUGUCAGUACCACUAGAUGAACUACUUCGAUGGAGUUUCUCUGCAAGAAAUCUGCCGGAAAAUGAUCACAUCAUGUUACUUACAGAUUACGACCUAUAUUCUAUGGACAGCGGUUCAAUUGACAAGCGUACAGCAGGUUACGCACGUGUCGGCAGUGUUUGUAGUAUGGACAGUGUGUCUGUAAUUGAAGAUCAUGGCGGAUUUCAAAGCAUCAACGCUGCUGCACACGAACUUGGCCAUGGCUUAGGUAGCCGACAUGACGGAAAAAUGAACUCGUGUAAUCCUAAAGAUCAGUAUAUCAUGACAGCACAUGGAGGCUUUGAGACAGAAACGACAAAAGGCAAUCCCUGGAGGUUUUCACCAUGUUCUAUAGCCUAUUUCAAAGAUUACAUCUCUCGAUUACGUCCACACCACUGCUUAUCUGAUCCAGUAGAUAUAUUUGACCGUGAUGAGUACAUUAAGUUCAUAUCUACACAUCCAGGACAAGACUAUACUCCUAAUGAACAGUGUCAGGAUAUUCUAGGACUUGAUUCAUUCUAUGGAUGGGGUCCUGAACUUGGCAAGUUUAGUGAUAUCUGUACGGAAAUGUCGUGCAAGGUACCGGGUGCUAGCCGGUCUUACAGAGUUUAUAAGGCGGCAACAGGAACAUCAUGCGGGGACAAAAAGUGGUGUAUGGAAGGACGAUGCGUGUUUGGUGAAAAAGCGCCGCCAAAAGAUCCAUCUUGUGUAUUCGGUGAUAUACAACGUCGUUUUGGCAGAAACAAACAGUCAUGUCGCCAGUACAUGCUCGAAAAUCCCAUGCGAUGUUAUGACAAGUUCUACAGCACACGGUGUUGCGACACUUGUGACAGGCUAAACACCGGCGUGAGAGGGUGUGAGUUUGGUGAUAAGUUCCUCAACUGUCGAGCAAGUAGUUGCUUUGAUAAGAAAUAUGCACGAGACUGUUGCAGCACAUGCGGAAUAGCACCACAUCCUGUGAUUAAAUCUAUUGCCACGACAACCACGCUACGACCACCUGCUACACGAAAACCAUGGACUCCAAAACCUACUACACGCAAACCAUGGACGCGACGACCAACAACUAGAAAACCAUGGACCCCACAACCAAGGCCAACUACGAGAAAACCAUGGACACAGAGACCUACACCAGCGAAAACGUGGACGCAUGUUCCAAUACCUACAAGACGACCUGCAAGACGUACCACGACCACAGCUGCUACGGUGAAACCAUCUGGUAGUUCCGGUUUAUGUAUCAGUCCAAACAGUCGUUUCCUAUUGGUUUUCAAAUGCUCAUCUUUGCCUGGCGUGUUCGGCCAGAAUGCAUGUGACAAUACACUCGUAUCCAGAUAUUGCUGCGAACGUUGUCCGGAACCCAAACAGCAAGGUUGUGUUGACUCACCAAAUUGCAAAGUCAAGAAUGCUAGGGAGUGCUACACAGAAACUAACCAAAAGGAGUGUUGCAAAACGUGCCGUAGAUUUGAAACCGGCCGCAGAGGUUGUGAAUUUGGUGACAAAAUACGUUCAUGCGAACGUUACGUCGGAGAGCUCGGUAUUUCAUUGGUUUGUUCCCGGUACAAAGACUAUUGCUGUGGUAUAUGUAACGCCCUCGCUACAAACCGGGAACCAACAAACAUAAAUGAUAUUCACAAACCAAUAGAUCCGUUAUCCGGCGCUGUUAAGAUGAUAAACCGCGUGGAUCCAACGUUACGAACAAUUACAGUAAACGGCAAAAUUUCUGAAAACAAAGGAAAAGGAAUAGAUAAAACGAAUAAAGACACAACAAUCAUAAAUUUGGGAAAUACAGCUAAUAAAGAUUCUGGAAGACCAACAAAUGAUAAAAAUAAAGACAGUAAUUUAACACCUUUAGGUAAAAAUGAUUCACCUAGAACAGGCAUAAGUAAUGGUUUUACAUUUAGAGCACAUGCAUUUCAAAAUCGCCCAGGCCAUAUUGUACAUACAAUUGUAUAUAGACCAAUAAAUCGAGGUGGUAUGGGCAACAUACACCAAAGGAGAAGGCCUGUACAACGUGAACGCCUAAUAAGAAGAUUAAACUUUUUAGUUAACCAGGGAUAAUGAACAGUUUCACUUGUUGAUUUUUUAAUUUUGUAAAUAUUUUUGUUAAUUUAAACCGCUCAUGUAAUAUAUAAAUUCAGUUCGUUUGUGCAAAGCUUGAACCACAUGUAAAAUAUUUUGAUCGUACUGUAAGGUAUUAAUUCAUCACAUUUAGGCUCUGUUUAUGCUAUUGUCAUACAUGUUUUUAAAUACAGUUUUAUUGUUGAAAUAAAAUGACUUGUUUUUA